AUGUUGAAUGAUUUCGGCAUGGAGAGAAUAGCGGAGCAGUCGUGGAAUUCUUCAUACACCUAUCAGGUGAGCAAGCAUAGCGCGGAGAUGCUACACAACCUCAACAUUCAGAGGAAAGAUGGAGGCAGGUUUUGCGAUGUGAUCUUGCGCGUCGGUGAAGACAGCUUCCCUGCCCACAAGGCGGUACUGGCGGCGUGCAGUGAGUAUUUCGAGUCCGUUUUUGGUUGUCAAACGGAGGGCGACGGGGAGGCAAAAGAGCUUGAGAUGCAUACGAUAAGCCCCAAAGUUUUUAAAGACAUUUUGGACUUUGCCUACACCUCUAGGAUUGUGGUACGAUUGGAAUGUUUCCCCGAGUUGAUGACAGCUGCUAAGUUUCUGCUAAUGCGUUCUGUCAUCGAGAUAUGCCAAGAAGUAAUCAAACAGUCCAAUGUACAAAUUCUUGUUCCACCCUCUCGAAGAGGCGACGUCAGUUUGUUCCGUGCCACGGGGGGCUCAGAAUUUAGUUUCACAUUGGCUGUAGACAACAUGUCAAAUGGGAAAGACUUGUUGGCUAAUGGCAACAAUCUAUUUACCAACAAUGGGCAAACGCAUAAUGUGGACGGAAAUCAGGCCAAUGACACAGUCAUGUCGGAUGGCAGCCCCCAGUCCGCUAUGCCAGUCCUGCAGCCCGUGUCUCCAUCAGAGAUGACAGGCAACCCGUUCCAAGAAGAGGGCUCUUCGGGUUCCAAGAGAGGCAGGGGGCGACCAAAGAAAGGCACAGCCAUGGAGCCUAUUAAUUACAACAUCAGCACCUCUGACGUUAAAGAAGACAUUGAGCAGCUAUUUCCUUGUGGAAUAUGUGGCAAAGCAUUUACAGAGGCUGUGCGGUUGAGAAACCACGAAGCGCAGCAUGGAGCGUCCAGCCAUGGCGCGAGUAGCAGCAACUGCUUGUCUGGCGAGGGAGGCCCUACCUCGAUAUCGCACUCUGGUCAGCCCGGUCUGUUGGAGAAUGGCAUGCCCUUGCAUGGAGUAGUAGGCCUAGAUAACAGCCGUAAGCGCGAGAGGACGAGACGUCACGUUGGCUGUGACAUUUGUGGGAAGGUUUUCCGGGAUGUCUACCACCUGAACCGACACAAGUUGUCUCAUUCCGGGGAAAAGCCAUAUGCUUGCCAUGUCUGUGGCCUGCGGUUCAAGCGCAAGGACAGGAUGUCAUACCAUGUGCGGUCACAUGAUGGAUCUGUGGGCAAACCUUACGUCUGUCAAAGCUGUGGAAAGGGGUUUUUCCAGGUGAGCUAUGGGCAUUUAUUGUGGUAGGCCUAUACUGACACCACUACUUCCGGUGCAUUCCCUAUUCUAUUCUAUUCUAUUCUGAAGCGUUCUGUGAUCUGGAGGGAAAAUGAAGACAUAUGGUGGUCUUAUUCAGAAUCAGUAGUCUGCUGUCUGCAUCUGUCUCAACGUGCCUAUGUUUGAUUUAUUCAGGCCAGACCAUCUGAAUGGACACAUCAAGCAGGUUCACACAACAGAGAGACCCCAUAAGUGCCAGGUGAGACAACGGCAACAACUGGAUCCUCUUAGAAGAGUGGAUGCGGAUGCAAUAUUUGUCACAAAGAAUGAACAGCACACUUCAAAUCUGUCAGUGUGGUAUUUGCUUGUUUUAAUGAUUUAGUUGUCAUUCUUGUUGAUUUAGAAUAUGGUUGAAAGGUUGUUGAUAAAUGAAUAGUGUUUCUGUACAUAACAUGUAUGGGGGCAUAUUAUUUUACCUGUAUUUUCCUCCUGUUCUUCAGAUUUGUAAUGCCUCCUUUGCUACAAGAGAUCGCCUGCGGUCCCACCUGGCUUGUCAUGAGGACAAGAUCCCCUGCCAAAUGUGUGGGAAGUACCUCCGAGCUGCGUACAUGACCGACCACCUCAAGAAACACAGUGAAGGACCUCACAACUACUGUGGUAUAUGCAACAAAGGUAACCUCAGGCCUAGGGUGCAGCAUCAUCGCCACAUACCUGCCAGUAGAAUCAGGGUGGGAGCUUCCAAUCUAUGAAUGUGCUAUCUUCUUCUUGUUUCUUAGUUUUGUGUUCUUCUUGUUAACCUGCCUCUUCCAGCAUGGUAUUGCCAUCUUGCAACAAGGAUGAUCUACCAAAAUGUUUACUAUUCAAUUCUAGUACUGUAGUAACCAUAAACUACCUCAGGGUGCAAAGCAUUUGGGUUGCUUUCUACAGAAGAGCUUGUGAACUGCAAUCAUGGGCUAUCUGCAGUUCAUAGUUAUAGUGUCUGCAUGGGUUGUCCACAGUUUUCACCCAUUUCUUCUUAUUUUUGUUGUUGUCCUCCGAACAUUCUCCUGCUGCCAUUCUAAUUGACUCUACGUUAAUGCGUGCAGUCUCAUUAAUGUAAAAAAAAAAAAAAAUCUGGUUAAUGAAUUAUCCAAAAUAGAGCUGUCAGCUGCUCCUAGCAGAUACUUGCUAGAAGACAGUAGCUAGGUUUACAUCCAAUUGGCGACAGAUUUUCAUGUGAAUAUUCUAAAAUAUGCAUAAAUAAAAUAUGCACAUUUUCCCACCUGUAGUGUGUUUCCACCAAAUAGACUUGUUGCAGAUAAAAAUCAGUGUGUGAUGACGUAGUACACACAAAAUGACAUUUUAACGCUUAAGUUUUCAUGUACCGAAUAAAAAUCUAAAGUUCAAUGUGUUACCAUUGCAUUUUCAACUCUACCGAUAGUUUUCUCACAAAAACUGUUGCGUUAAAUAGAAAAUGUGCCUACUCUGUUCUUGGCACAUGCACUGUAGCCAACAGCUCACCGAGACAGUGCGGGUAGGCUGCAUGAUGAGAUUAUUAUGGAUAAGUAAGUAGCGGCUUGUGCAAGCCAGAACGGCUCAUAGGGCAGGAUCCUAUCUCCUGUUUCUGUAGCGUGAGGCAGUUUGAUGUACAAGUACACCCCCUGGACAGGAUGCUAGUCUAUCGCAGGGCCUUAGCCCAAAUCUAUAUCCUUAAUGCUGAGUGCCAAGCAGUGAUGCAUCAGGUCCCAUUUUUACAGUCUUUGGUAUGAUUUGGCCGGGGGAUUGAACUCACAGCCUUCCAAUCUCAGGGCGGACACUCAAACCAUAAGGCCACUGAUGGAUAAGAGCGAUAAUAUUUUUAUUAGUCAAACGGCAGUCAUCCAUCGAUCAUCAUGUCACCAGAAUAAGACCCUCAAUAUUUAUUGGAAAGGAGCAUCAAGAUCACCGUUCACUUUCACCACCCUGUGAAGUUCAUAGCUUAUUUCAUCUGUAACCUAAUAAACUGCAUUAUAUCCCAAGUCGUAGUGGGAGGACCACACCAUAUCAUUGUGUGACUCCAAGUUUACUUCGAUAUGAUAGUUAUUAUAUCAAUAUUUGUGCAUAAAGGCGUUUCCACCACCAUUUCUUGCAUAAUUCAUUUUAUAGACACAAAAAGAUCCCACCAUGUCAAACGAACAAAUUAUCUGUCGGCGUUUUAUCAAAUUGAACCGAAACUUCCUGUUUCCAUCACAGCUGUCAUUACUUCUUUUUUUUAUAUACGGUAUGACUUUACUCGCAUAAAAACUUUGGAUGGAAACGUGGUUAGUGCUGAUGUUUUAUUUUUAGAAAGGCUUGAUUUUUUAUGUAAAAGUUUAAUACUUGUGUCUUACCUGAUUUGUGUGUACUACUGUAGAUUAUUUCAGGCCCCAUAUGCAGUUUGUCUUUUGGUGUGAAAUUUUGCCCCAAGUCAAGAUACUGUAUUGGGUUGACUUGCUUCUUUUGCCUUGAUUUACCUGGAUGGACAUGGUGUCAUUCUUGUGGUAGGCCUAAUAGCCUAGAUAAUGGAGAGCAGUGGUUGCACAUUGUUCACUCUUGCUUGUGGUUAGCCUGCCUCUUGUUGGUUCAUAUUCUUCAUUGCCUUUGAAGUUAAUGUGCUUCAGUUUUGCUUUUGAGGGUUGUUCCAACAGCUCAGCUCAGUUCAACAACAUCAUAUUAUUAUCCUUUGUUACCAGCUCCUAUAUAUCAUUGUCUGCAUGAACUUAUAAAACAGAAUUACACAGCGAAAGGUGGAUUUGGGAAAGAGGUGUUUUUUGUCCCACAGUCAUCUUUGGGAACAUAACAACCGAGAGCAUUCAUUCUCUCCCUGCUGGGUGUGUAGUGCCACUGCCCUUUGUUGUGUUCUUCUCUGGGUCUCUAGGUUUCUCCACUGCGUCCUACCUUAAGGUGCACGUAAAAUCGCACCAUGGCUCGCCAUUGUUCCCCCGUAGUGCCCCAGCGCACGGUGCCUUCCCUGCACCGCACGGGGAGCCGCAGAUGCACGGCGGCGCCCCCUACCUCACGGGACGCCAGUGCACAGUGGAAGGCAAGCAGCCGCCCACCCCGCUCCGCUCCACCCUGCCUCCAAGCAAAGGCUAUGUCUCUUCUUGCUUUGUGUUGAUCAUCAUCUGCUCGGCUGCUUGUGGAGAAAACAUGCUGCAUCUGUUUUUGCAAAAACACAAGCAUACACAUACGCACACAAAGCAUAUAGGUAUUCCUGCCUAUGCCUGCGCAGUAAUGCUAACGCUAAAGGAUCCAUCCCCUCUGUGCCUCCAUCAGCUAACAGUAGGGACACUGUCUUCAGACGAAGCACCAUAUGUACAGCAGGCUGAUAUGGUUGUCCUGGCUAAUAUUGUGUAUAUAAAGAGCUUUUUAGGCCCAUAGCAGCAGACUUCUUUCUAAAUCAGCAUGCAUGUGUAGUUGUCUGCUCUUCUGCUUGGUUUAUAUAGUGAAGAGAGGAGAAUGAAAGUGAGAGGGAGUUGAUUAGGGAACUUCACUUUUUACUAAGCAGAGAUCAUGUGAAUUAAGCUAUCAAUAAGGAUAACUUUUACUCAAUGGGUUAGAAUGUGUAUAGGCCUAUUUCUUGAAAUAAAAAUAUGACAUCAAUUUUUGAAAUUGCAGCCUUUGGCGUCUUCUCUAAUGGGCUACUGCCCCCCAGUGGUCAGUUUUGCGAUACUGCAGGUUGUCAGGGAUUCAGUCAGCUGAUAAAUAGCUACAACAAAGAAGUGCAUGUAUGCCUCCCCAUGUUCCAAAUGGCCUUGUUGCUCUUCAGUCAGGGUGUUCAGCAUGGCAAUGUGAACGCUGUCUGAAAACACUGUUUGUUGCUUGCUGUCAUCUCCAUCGACUUGUAGCCAUUGGCCAAACCAUGCACUAUAAUGUUGCAUGUCUAUUGAGUCAUACAGUACAGUGCAGUGUUCCUCUGGAUUCAAUGGAUCUUUUUUCAACUAUUAUUGCCAUGGCAACUAGCAGCAGCCUAUGGAUUCGGCUAUACAGUACUUCAUUCUGGUAGAGAGUGAGAAGAAGUCAAAGCAAUGUGGAGAGUAGGUUUGGGCGAUAUACCGUUUACCGGGGUAUUUAGACAUACCAACAGUACUUUUAUUUAUUUUUUAGUUGGAGGGGGGGCCCCCGGCUUGGCCACCCCGCCUCGACCACCUGCCUCGCGCUCAUUGCUAGCUAAGUGGCUAGAUGGCAAGAUCAAGCUUAUUGGUUACAGCAGAGACAAUCAAUCCCCUCUUGGAUCAAGAUCCAUGUUCCCUAAAUUGUUUUGUGCAUUAAAAAAAACAUGAAAACAUAAAAAUAUUAAAAAUAAAAAUAAUGAAAUAGCGCCCCUUGUGUGCCCUUCCGGUAAUAACUUAUACCCCGGUAUGGUACAGAAACAGUAUAAAGGUAUGAAAAUCUGAAUAUCGCCCAACCCUAGUGGAGAGAGGUUUAGAUUCUAGGUUAAAACCUUGAACUCAAUUCAGUUUUUUGACUAGAAGUUGACUUCCUAGUGAUUACCUAUCUCCGAUCUAAAAUUGUUGCAAUGUGGUGGCAUGCUAGAAUUCUAAAUCUAUUGGCCAACUGCUUUUAUUUAGAAUAAAUAAAGUUUGCUGGCUUGGCAAGUAAUACAGGAAAAAGUUUCAUUCACUGUUUACAGUUUUGUCUAUUGUAAUCACUGGACAAAGUAAAGCUACUAAGUUAGAUUUAGUAAGGUCUGGGUAAUAGCCUGACGUAUGUAUGGUGUCCGCUGGCCUUGUCUGUUGUCUCUGCUGCCCCCUCUCUACUCUCUGUCUGUCGGUGGUGUAGACCUGUGCACCAGUCGCCGGCUGCUGGUCACCUUCCCAGAGGCAGAUGGUCACUGCUUUCUCCCCCAGCCCGGCCCUCCCUCCCUGGGCCUGCAGCCCGAGUUGCUCCUGGGGAAACCAGGGCCUGGGGGGGCUCCGUAUUUCUGGGAGUGCCACUCUGCCGGCCCGCCUGGGUUCCUCCACGGGCCUCUGCCAGGUCAGUAUGGGCCAGCAGGAGGGUGGGGGUUGGGGCUGGGCCAGCAGGAGGGUGGGGGUUGGGGCUGGGCCAGCAGGAGGGUGGGGGUUGGGGCUGGGCCAGGGCACUAACAAGGCCUGCUGAUUAGACGAGUAACAAGAGUUCCACUGUAAAGGGUUGGUUGGACGAGAAGAUUCCAACCUCUAGGGGAUGCAUGGGCAUAAAGAGUCAAGGAAAUUUGGUUGACGGGAUGCAUGAGGAAAAGGUUUCCUGAAAAUAAGCCGCUUAAAGUUUGUGUUUGUGGAGACGUAAGUAGUUCUGAUGUGGUUUUGGUAUCAUGAUUAAAACACGACACCUGUAUCGGCCGAUACAAUAGCCUAUUUCAUAUCAGAUAUUAUGGGCCAAUGUUGUACAAUGUUCAAUCUGAGCUAAAAUAAUCUGCCACAGAGUGCUACUAAUAAACACUUAUGUCCAGGUUGAACAUUUUGAAGUGUAAAGAAAUGAAGACAAAGUGGUUGUGUGGAAUUGCGUUUUUUGCCCCAAACUCACGAGGAAGAAAGACUUGCUUUCAAUGAAAAGUGUAUUAUCUAUUAGGUAAAUGAAUGAAGCUUCGGAAUGUCUGCGUACCGCAUAAUUUGAACAAAUGUGCCCUCUGUUCCUAUAAUAUAAAUGAACACCAUGUAUAGGCCUCCUGUAGCUCAGUUGGUAGAGCAUGGCGCUUGCAACGCCAGGGUUGUGGGUUUGAUUCCCACGGGGGGCCAGUAUGAAAAAUGUAUGCACUCACUAACUGUAAGUCCCUCUGGAUAAGAGCGUCUGCUAAAUGACUAAAAUGUAAAUGUAAUGUAUUUUAAGAAUUGCAGUACAAUUCUAUUUAACAGUACUAUACUCAUCUUUUUGUCCCUAACAAAUGGGUUUCAUGAGAGUAGGUGCUUUGUACACAUAGCAGUAAACUGUCCUCUGUUCAUGUUGCAGGUGGUGGUGGCGGCCAACCGGAGAACAGUGCUGCCUAGUGGUCUAAAUAGACAGAUUUUGUGUUGUGUGUGUGUGCAUGGCCUAAUUUGAGGUUCUCUCCCCUUAAACUUCCCCUCCUCAACCCAACACCCACCCCUCUCUGUACUCUCCCCACCCCCACCCACCAUCUCUCCCACCCUAUCAACUCUCCCUCUCCUCCCAACCCCCACCUCCCCCCUGUCCCCCACCCCACCCCUCCAUCUCUUCCCCCUCCCCCACCCUCUCUGUAUUUACCUCAGACGGGCGGGAGAAUGCUGGAAAAUGCACCCAUCAAGGAGAAUCAGAGGGAGACGAGCCGUCGUUUGGGGACGAAAUGAAGUCUCCGCACAAGUCUGAGGAAGAGGAGCUUGGGACGCCGUUCGCCUGCAACGGAGCCUCUGCCGGUACCGGGGCCGUGGGAGGGUCGCCACCAGGUGACGUUAAAGCCAAGACCAGCCAGGACUCUCCAGAGAAGAAAUUCCCUUGCAGCGAGUGCACCCAGACCUUCCGCACCAAGUCCUACCUCAACAAGCACGUCAACAGAGUGCACCAUCAUGGGGUCCAGAAGAGUCUGGUGAUGGGUGCAGGGGCAGUGUCUGGGUCAGGUCUGGGGGAGCUGGGUCCUUCCCUAGGCUCGCCCUUCUCCCCUCAACAGAACAUGUCUCUGCUGGAGUCAUUUGGCUUCCAGAUCGUCCAGUCUGCCUUUGCCUCGUCACUGGUGGACUCUGAGGCAGGACAUAGUGGGAUGGAGCUGGGGGGGAAGUGA